CUUCAUGUCACGCCAACCAGCCAACACCAGCCAGUCAGCGAGUGAGAAUCCGUGUUCGAUUUCGUGAGUUGUGUUAGUACGACGAUUUAUUUGGAGUACCAUUAUUUUGUUUGUAAAUUUAUUGACCAGUGCAAUCAAUAUUGUUAUUUGUAGUCGACAUUAUAAGUGAUUCUUCUAACAUCUGCGGAGCAAAAAAAGUGUCAAAGAAAAUUUUGUGCGUCUGACGGACUCCUUUCACAAAGGAUUAAACGGGAGACUUCGUGUUUUACCCGUGCGCAUUUCACCAAUACGACAACUACAUAUUGCGGAACGUGGAGGAGUGUUCAAGUGAAGACUGGUAUGGGCGUGCGGUGAGACGCGGAGUCCCACAACAAGAUGACGGAGGGAGAACGACAACAGAAUGCGGGCGGUACAAACGCCGCACCACAGCACAGGAAAGGGCACAGGAGGCAAGAGUCAAUGUACGCAAUGACGGGGUUGUACGCGGAAUCCGGGUGCGCGGAGGGCGCCGGAGACGAGGCUGGGCCCAGCACCCCGCCGCAUCCGUCCCACCCGCCGCGGGAAUCAGUCAAAUGCCACAGCCGAAACCCGUCGGCCGGCGUAUGCGACAGAGACCGCGAGAGGGACAAGGAAAGAGAAAAGCCUCGACAAAUGUACCCAGAAAUAUUGGACAUUCCUCAUGACGCAAGAGAUUGCGGUAUCUUGUCAUGGAGACCGCUAUUCAUCCAGAGAUUUUCUAGUAUUAAAGUGUUUGUAUUUUUCCUUUCGUUCCUGGUAACUCUACAACAAGCGUUGAGCUCCGGCUACAUUAACUCUGUGAUCACUACAAUCGAGAAACGUUUCGAGAUUCCGUCAAGUCUGUCGGGCCUCAUCGCCAGCAGCUACGAGAUCGGUAACGUCAUAACUGUCAUCUUCGUAUCGUAUCUCGGCAGCAGGAGACACAUUCCAGUGUGGAUUGCAGUCGGUGCUGUAAUUAUGGGCAUCGGCUCGUUAGUGUUCGUCGUUCCGCAUUUUAUAGCGGAAGUAAAUAGCGAAACUUUGAUGAACAAUAAAUCUGACGACAACAUCUGUCGACUGCCACGUGCACUGGAACAGGAUAUGGGCGGGCUGGGCCGCCUCUCGCAGGGCUUACCACCCAGCAACUUGAGGCCAGAUAAUUGCAUUAAGAGUUCCCCGAGCACCUUCAUGCCUGUGAUGGUGUUCAUAGUGGCGCAGUUGUUACUGGGCUGCGGUGGCUCACCUCUGCUCACUCUCGGCACCACUUACGUGGACGACCAUGUGCGACCAGAAUCCUCCAGCAUGUAUAUUGGAUGUAUGUACAGUAUGGCUGCUUUUGGCCCGGUACUCGGGUUCCUCCUCGGGGCAUACUUGCUAUCUUUCCAUAUGGACUCGUUCUCCGGCGCUAUAAUCUCUAUAGAUCCCGGUGACCAUCGAUGGGUUGGUAUGUGGUGGGGCGGUUUCCUGUUAUGCGGAUUCCUCCUGAUCCUAGUAGCAAUUCCCUUCUUCUCGUUUCCAAAAGUAUUGGUGCGAGAGAAAGAGAAAAUAAGACUAGUAGAAAAAGCAGCGGCUGCAAGCGGGGCAUCCACAUCUAAACCUCCCGUGAAGACGCAGACAGAUAUAAAGGACACGGGUUAUGGAAAAGACAUAAAAGACAUUCCGGUGUCGAUGUGGCGGUUGCUCAAGAACCCCGUGUACGUGGUCACGUGCCUGGGAGCUUGUAUGGAACUCAUGAUCGUGUCGGGCUUUGUCGUCUUCCUGCCCAAGUAUCUCGAGACGCAGUUCAGCCUUGGCAAAAGUCAGGCUAGCGUUUUUACUGGUUCCAUAGCUAUCCCGGGUGCCUGCAUCGGUAUUUUCAUGGGUGGCUGCCUACUGAAACGAUUGGAGCUUCGCCCUAAAGGUGCCGUCCAGUUCGUGCUCAUAUCCAACACCAUCUGCCUCUCCUGCUACGCUCUGCUGUUCUUCCUCGGAUGCGACAACAUUAAGAUGGCUGGAACCACAAUACCAUAUACAAAUCACAGUAAUUUAGAGCCUUUCAAAGUAAAUCUGACGGCGGCGUGCAAUUUCAACUGCCUUUGUACGGAGACGGACAUGGAGCCAGUGUGUGGAAACAACGGCCUGACGUACUUCUCGCCGUGCCACGCUGGCUGCGCCGCCUUCUCCUCGCGCUCCAACUUCACUAACUGCGCCUGUGUGCACGAGAACAGUCGCGGGGUGGGGGGCGUGGGCGGCGUGGUGGGGGGCACGCUGGUAGGGGGCGCGGCGGCGGCGGCGCUGCGCGGGGGCGCGGGCGGGGGCGCAGGCGGGGGCGCGGACUACUCGGAGGUGACGGUGGUGCCGGUGGCCACGGCCGGCGCCUGCAACCCGCCCUGCACUACCAUAUUCCCCUUCCUCGUCUUACUUUUCUUCAUGACCUUCGUCGUCGCAGUUACGCAAAUGCCGCUUCUGAUGAUCGUCUUGAGGUCGGUGAGCGAAGAAGAACGUUCGUUCGCACUGGGCAUGCAGUUCGUGAUUUUCCGUCUGUUCGGGUACAUUCCUGCUCCUAUCGUGUUCGGUAACCUCAUUGACUCUACCUGCCUACUAUGGAAACAGUCAUGCAGCGGAGAAAAAGGGGGCCGAUGUCUGCUGUACGACAUCGAACAGUUUAGAUACAGAUACGUUGGACUGUGCGGUGGUAUAAAAAUUGUGGCGCUGGGUAUAUUCAUGGCAGAUUGGUGGCUCGUGCGACGUCGGCGACACUUAGAAGCAGCUGCUCCACUUGAUCCCCACAAAGACAUCGCCGGCUCCAUCAUCAGUCUCGACAAACUUUUCGAAGAACUUCCAUCUGCAGAAAACGCGAGUGGUUUUCGGUCUGGUGUCAUGUCAGGUGUAAGCUCGGCGACCACAACGCCUAUGGAGCCCCCGACGGGAGGCGGCGACGCUCACGACCCUUACCGACCCAAACUGCAACGUACCGAAUCACAAUAUUCAGAGGACUCGCAGACACGAGGUCCCAGCGGGAAGAACUCCCGCGUCCUCGUAGCCUCCCGACACUUGCGCAAUGACUCGAAAACGAUUCAACUGGAGCCGCGCGCGCGCCAGCACUCGCUGGACGAGCCCGAGCGCAACCGCGCCGUGCGCAGCGACUCGCGCGACUCGCGCGACUCACGGGACUCGCGCGACUCGCGCCGCGACUUCCCGCGCUCCGCGUCGCGCGACCUGCCCGCCCACUCGCGCUCCGGCUCGCGCGACUUUAAGGUGCACUCACGCUCGGACUCGCGCGACCUCAGCCUGGACCAGCUAAAGCAGUUGGCGCUGAAGAGCAUGGAGAGUCUGGACCUCAGCGCGCUGCCUCUGCCGCUGGCGCGCUGCGCCGACGAGGAGAGCAAGCGUCUCAUCGAAUCCGGCGGGGUACUGCGCCACCGCCGGACCAGCUCCAAAGACUCGAAGAUGCCGGAGACGAAGCACAAGCGGACCUCUUCACAUCACAUCACAAUGGAACCGCACGAGCUUAGUUUACAGAUGCAGAAGGGUCGAAGUGUGGAUCAUCUGGCAUCGUCUCGGCUGGAUCCAUGUGUGUAAAAAGAACAAUAGCUAAUAUGAAUAUUAUAUAUAGUGCCGGAACUGAAUCUCGGUCAGGUGGAAAACAGAGUGUGAACAUUUACUGACAACUAUUGUGCACAACUGAGUGAUAACGUUAACAUGAGUAAGUUGAAAAUGAACUACACUUAUUCUAAAUUUAUCAAAUAGUAAAGAAUUAUGAGUGAUUUCAAAUCAUAUCUUAUAUGUAGUUUCAAUUGCUUUCUGGAAUAAAAAAAAAUCUUGCUUCUGCAGCUAACUAGUUUUCUAGAAAUGAAUGACUUAUGAAGCUACAAGUAGGAUUGUAAUGUUUCAUAAAUUAUGUAGUGUGAUAACUGACUGUUGUUUUAACAUUAAAAGUAAUAAAAAUGAAUACUCGCAUCACUCCCAAUUUAGGUUUUAAUAUUGUAAAAUGUAAUUAGUUAAAUUAUAAUGUAAACUUAUUUUCUAAUAUCAAGAUGCAUACCUUACGAGAAAACUACUUUUUGUUGUACUUAAGAUUCAAGUACAUUAUAUUAAAUUCUAUUAAUAUGUUUUUGUACAUUUUAAUAAUUAAUGUUGCUAUGUAAAAGGGGUCAGUUUUAUUUGUAUUAAUUAUUUGUGUGUAUAUUCUACCAUUAGUCAAAAUUCGCUGGCUGUUUAAAAUCACAAAUGUUAAUAGUAUGAGUCAAAUCAGUGAAUAAUAGAGAAAAUUAAAGUAAUGAGGAAAAAUUAACCGCAAUAUGAAAGUGCACUGACUUUUCUAUCAGCACAAAGCUUUUAUUUAUUUCUGAAAUGGUGCUCAUUAAAUGCUUGCCUAUAAUUUUUUCAUAGCAAAAAAGUGUUACUGGUGACAUCCCUCUUACUAUCCUGAUAGAAUAAAAUAUUAAACCUGAGCACAAACAAUCAGAACUGCUAUUUGUAACUGGGAAUAGUUCCAAACACCUUGAAUGGUAAACAAAAUCCAUGAUCUCGAAAGAAGGGAAGGAAUGAAUUUGCAACCAAAUGUGAAUUAAUAACAAUAUUAAAAUUACUUUUAAUGCAUCUUUGAAUUUUGUAAAUAUUUAUUUGUAGUAAUUUUAUUACGUAUUGUGAUCCUAUUUUAUGGAAGUAUGUUGUCAGUCGUCUACUAGUGCAAUUAAAAUUCUUUACAUACAAUGGUCCAUAAAUUUACAAAUUGUGUUUUUUGCAUCUUAAACUUUUAUAAUUGUACAUUUGAACAACUAAAAUCAGUUUUUCCUAACUCAUUAAAACCUGCCUUGGUUGAUAUUUACUCUAAUCAAACCUACAAACUUAAGCAUAUAAAAUUGAUGUCAAAAAGACUUGUUUAAUUAAAUGCUUUUUUGAGAUGUUAAAAAUGUCAAUUCUUGGGCUGCUGGUAUAAGGAAUUCAAUUACUAACUAUAUUAUUUAACUCUGAUGGACAAUAGAAGUAAUAAUAUUACUUCUAUAGAGUGAUGUUCACUGUCCAUUAAUAUGUUAGUUACAAAAUUAACAUGUAUUUUAAAGCAAUAUAUUUUAUCUCAGAUGAGAAAAGACAGGAAUGUUGUCUGUGUAAAUUUUUGUCACAUAUUGUUAAGAGAGGUUAAUAGUUUGAUAUGAAAGAGAGUGUUUUAAUGAAAAAUGCCUUAUUACUACAAUAGAUUUAAGACUUGAUAUUGAUACUGACUUAGAUGUAUUUGAAUAAGUUGUUAUGUCAAUCACCCAGACAAGUUUGAUAAUAGCAACUCCUAAUUUGUUGCAUUUAGUGAUUAAUAAAAUUGCAUACUUAUUUUAGUAGUUCUUUUAUUGUCACCAACAGAAAAAACUGAAAUUACUCAUUGUCACUGGGCAGCUUUUUUAACACUAAUCUCUUCAUGAAAGUCACCUGUGUGCAACAUAUCAAGUAUAAAAUAAUUAUAUUAUUCUAUAUAUACACUAAAAUGUACAAAUCAAUAUACAACUAGAAGGGGAAGGUUGCAGGGACAAAAUUAUACAACAUUUUACACAGUAUUUGUAAUUCUAUUCAACUCUACAUUCUACUUACAAGUAUACAGUUUUACUGUCUCAUAUAACAGAACACAUACAUUCUAACUACAACUGGUAUAUUUACAACUGAUGAAAUACUUAUUUAGUCCAACUCACCACAUUCAGUAAUGGUAACCUUUUUGGUAGGUUUUCCACUUGCAGAUCCAAAACUUUCCAUUUUAGAUACAACAUCCAUACCCUCUACCACUGCACCAAAUACCACAUGUUUCCUAUCAAGCCAGGGAGUUGGUACAGUAGUUAUAAAGAAUUGAGAUCCAUUAGUAUUAGGGCCAGCAUUAGCCAUUGAUAAGAUUCCUGGGCCAGUGUGCUUCAGUUUGAAGUUUUCAUCUUGAAAAACACGGCCAUAAAUAGAUUUUCCACCUGUGCCAUUGUGGUUGGUAAAAUCACCUCCUUGGCACAUAAAAUUGGGAAUGAUCCUAUGGAAAGAAGAACCCUUGUAUCCAAAACCUUUCUCACCAGUACACAAGGCCCUAAAGUUCUCCGCUGUUUUAGGAACCAUAUCAGUCUCCAGUUUUAUAACUAUGCGUCCUAGAGGUUCUCCAUCUGCAGUAACAUCGAAGAAUACCUUCUUUUCUGGCUGACAAGAUGCAAAUCGAAGAGCAACCGCAGAGUAUAAUGUCCCAUUUAUCAACGUACGGCGUAACAAAGUAGCCGCCAUAGCCAUUUUAGAUGAAAUAUUACUGGAACAGAGGACACAUUAAUUUAUAGUUAAUAGAUACUUAAUGGUAUAGAUACACAAUCCGUAGUAAUAUCACUGACAUUAAUUUAUUUUUAUCAUUUUUAAUAACCUAAACAGUGUAUUACCUACCUACCAGCACGUUUUGUCACCAGCGACCAACGACCAUAGAGUUAGUUCCAAUAACAACCAAAUUUUUACCACGAUGUCAGAAUAUUCUUAGAUUACAUACUGGACCCGAAAUACCUACAAAACAUGCAUGGACACCUACUUUACACCGCGGCCCUAAUAAUGGCUGCCAUUGCUAGGGAAGU